GAGGUCCGCGGAGAUGUGUAGCCUCGUCCCAGCUGCGCUUUUGGUCGGCGCGCUCCUGUGCCUGGCUUCGUCGUCGUCACCUGCGGUGGCGACGAGGUCGCCGGGAAGGACAUUUAACGUCUUGUCGUUCGGAGCUGCGGCGGACGGGGUCACCGACGAUUCGGAGGCACUUGUAGCAGCAUGGCAAGUGGCGUGCCGGGUCCCGCACGCAACCGUGCUACUCCCGUUAGGGCACAGGUUCCUCGUCUCGCCGGUCACCCUCCAAGGCCCCUGCAACACAAAGCUCGCGCUUCAGAUCGAUGGCACCAUGCUAGCGCCUCCAGAGAUGGGUUCCUGGCCGAAGCCCAGGAGGCCUCUCCAGUGGCUCAACUUCAAGUGGCUGCAAGGCUUCAGCAUCCAGGGAGCUGGCGCGGUUGAUGGCCAGAGCUCGUCGCUGCAAAGCGCCUCACCAGCUACUACUUCUCAGAGAUCUGCAGGGCACUGGCAGGCAUCAGGGGCCAAACCUACGCUUAUAAGGUUUUACAACAGCUUCAAUGUCAGCGUGCGUGGCAUCCGGAUCACCAACAGCCCACAGUGCCACCUCAAGUUCGACAGCUCCGGAGGCAUCAAGGUGAAGAACAUCACAAUCUCUUCUCCCGGGGACAGCCGCAACACCGACGGUAUCCAUCUUCAGAACACCAGGGACGUCGAGAUCAGAAGCACGAGCAUCGGCUGCGGCGAUGACUGCGUGUCGAUACAGACAGGUUGCUCAAACAUUCACAUGAAAAACAUCAUCUGCAACCCCGGUCAUGGAAUCAGUUGCAGUGUAGGAGGACUAGGGAAGGACAAUAGUUUGGCUUGUGUCUCCGAUGUAGUUGCGGAGAGCAUCAGCGUGCAGAACGCUCUUUACGGCGUCAGGAUCAAGACGUGGCAGGGGGGCGUGGGCUCCGUCAGGAACAUCACCUUCUCCAACGUCAGGGUGUCGAACGUGGCGACGCCCAUCAUCAUCGACCAGUUCUACUGCGACAGGGGCGGGGCGCGGUGCGCGAACCGGACCGGCGCGGUGGCGAUCAGCGGCGUGACGUACCGGCGCGUCGUGGGGACGUACUCGUUCCAGCCGGUGCGCUUGGCGUGCAGCGACGCCAGGCCGUGCACCGGCGUCAGCAUGGUGGACGUGCGCCUGUCGCCGGCGAGCGCACCCGAGGGACCUCUGCGGGGGGGCCUGUGCUGGAACACCUACGGCGAGGCGCGGGGGACGAUGGAGCCCUUGGGCACUGGGUGCUUGCAGAGGAGCAAUGGAUACGCGAUGCCUUUGAUCCAGCCUUUUAACUACACAUGCUGAGCCCACGAAAGAGUGGAAAAUGGAUAGCAGUUAUCUGAAUUAUUCGAUAUUCGUAUCAUUAAAAUACGAAUAUAUAUAUCUAAUUUGUAUUUGUUUCUAAAAUAGAUGUAUUUGAAUUCGUUUUCGAGAA